UUUAGAAUAUAAAUCGUUCGAUGAUCAACUUGUGCAACAGUGGCAUUGAUAAAAGCUUUCUGUAUGGAAUUUCGCCCGAAUUCAUAAAGUUUCAGCAACUGCCAUGGUACGAUUUGGACAUCGUACUAAACGCACACACACAUUAAUAUUCAUAAGGACUUAUUGAGAUGCCAGUUUUUUAACUCAGCGUGCUCAUGUUUGGUCACCCAUGCCUCGCGUAUUACCAUAAAAGAACUACACACGUCGUUACUCUCGAGUAAUGAUGGAUAACUGACGAUAUUUAGAUCAUCUGAAUGUACACUUUCUCAGCAGAUACAUAAUCGAGAAUAUUGUUGGCCAAACGAAUAUAUUUAAUAAAUUGCUCUUACUUACUUGUUUUAAAAUAAAAAUCAAGAGAAAAUAAUAAUGACUCGAUCUCGUUAAUUGUUGAUGUUCAAUUAGUUUGAUGCAUGCUGCAAUAUCCAUGGUGCUGUUGCAUUAGGCUUACAAUCUGGUUGGUAUUCAUGAAUAGCAGGUCUAAAUUAAACUGAUACAAUGUCAGUCGCAAAGAAGAAUGUCACCAACAAUAAUAGCAGAAAAUCACCAAGAAUUGCUCAUGCAAAACCCUCAGCAGCUUUAUUGGCUGCCAAACGAGAAGGUGCUGAACGUAAAAGAAAUCUUGGAAAUAUUUCAACAAUUAUUAGAGACAUUUAUCAAAAAGCUAUAGACGCCAAAGACAUGAUUCGUCACAAUACAGGAGUUAUCUAUGAACCUUCAAUGGUUGAGCAUAAAUGUCUGUGGGAUCCAAAUUAUCCAGAAUGCCCAGAAAGGCUAAGUAGAGUGCUUGACAGAUGCCAGCAAUUGGGUUUACUAGAGAGAUGUAAAUAUAUUGCUCCACGUAAAGCAGAAGCAUCAGAACUUUUAUUAAAACAUACACCUGGUCAUUUGGAGAUAAUCAAAUCUACUGACAAUGUUAAUGAUGUUGAAAAAUUGGAAAAAUUAUCUUCUAAUUAUGACGCAGUUUAUUUUCAUCCAAAAACAUAUGAAUUAUCUCUUCUAGCAACUGGUUCAACUAUUGAUUUAGUGAAAAACAUUUGCUUAGGAAAUAUUCAAAAUGGCAUGGCAAUCAUAAGGCCCCCAGGACAUCAUGCUAUGAAAUCUGAAUACUGUGGAUAUUGCUUCUUUAAUAAUGUAGCUAUAGCUGCAGAGGUCGCUUUGAAAAAUAAUUUGGCAAAAAAAAUUUUGAUUGUUGAUUGGGAUGUUCACCAUGGACAAGCUACACAACAAAUGUUUUAUAAUGAUUCAAGAGUUGUAUAUUUUUCUAUACAUCGUUAUGAACAUGGAGAGUUUUGGCCCAAUUUGAAAGAGUCAGAUUACCACUACAUUGGAGAGGGUCCAGGAGAAGGGUACAAUUUUAAUGUGCCUCUCAACAAAACUGGCAUGACCAAUGCAGAUUAUAUCGCAAUUUUCCAACAAAUUUUACUUCCAAUGGCAUACGAAUUAAACCCUGAUCUCAUUCUUGUCUCAUCUGGAUUUGAUGCAGCAAUGGGAGAUGAGAAGGGUCAAAUGAACAUCACUCCAGCUUGUUAUUCUCAUUUACUUAAUAUGUUGAUGGGCUUAGCUAACGGUAAAGUUGCUGUAAUUUUAGAGGGCGGCUAUUGUCUAAGGUCUUUAGCCGAAAGCGCAGCUCUUACUCUAAGAAGACUUUUAGGAGAUCCUUGCCCAAUGUUAGAAAAUUUGGAACCUCCUUGCGAAAGUAUUCAGGAAACUAUUUUAAAUGUGAUAUACUCACAUAGAUCCCAUUGGAAAUGUUAUCAAUUUCAAGAUACCUUUAAUGUGAAUGGAUACAAUACCAAUUCCAAACAAAAGAAGCAUCUACCUAAUGUCAUCUACAAAGGCCCUGAAGAAUUUCCGACGGUAUUCGAAACACGCAAUUGUUAUCCCGUUCAAAAUAGAUCGGAGGUAUUGCAAAUAAACAAAAAAUUGGACCAUCUUGCAAAAAUUACGAAACUCAGUAAAGCUCAGCAUCAAGUCGGCAUCGUCUACGACGAGAGAAUGUUGAAACAUUACAACGUCGUCGAUGAGUCGCAUCCCGAGCGGCCCAGCAGAAUAAGCAGCAUAUACUCCAAACACAAAGAUUAUGGCUUAUUAACAAGAUGUCAUACCUUCCAAGGAAGACUCGGAAGCGAUCAAGAAAUUUUACUGGCUCACACGCAAGAGUAUCUCGAUAGCAUCAAAAAAACCAGCGAGACGAAAUUACGAGACCUGGCGAAGCAAGCCGGUGAACUGAACUCGGUCUACUUUCAUCCGGAGACUUGGGACAGCGCUCGAGUCGCCGUCGGUUCGCUCUUGGAAAUCGUCGACAAGGUCUUGAACGAGGAGUGCCAGAGCGGCGUGGCCAUUAUUCGACCACCGGGACAUCAUGCAGCUGACGAUGCGGCCUGCGGUUUUUGCAUCUUCAACAAUAUCGCCAUUGCCGCCAAGUAUGCAGUGUCCAAAUACGGCUUGAACAGAGUUAUGGUACUCGACUGGGACGUGCAUCAUGGUAACGGCACGCAGUCGAUACUCGAGGACGAUCCAAACAUACUGUACAUGUCGUUGCAUCGCUACGACAACGGUAACUUUUUCCCUCAUUCCAAGGCAGCGGAUUACACGGUGGUGGGCACGGGCAAGGGAGAAGGUUUCAACGUCAAUAUUCCCUUUAACAAGAAAGGCAUGGGCGACGUAGAGUACACAGCGGCUUUUCAACAAGUAGUCAUGCCGAUCGCCUACCAGUUCAAUCCGGAAUUGGUUUUGGUUUCCGCUGGAUUCGACGCCUGCAUCGGAGAUCCCCUCGGAGGUUUCAAAUUGAGCCCGGAGAUGUACGGGCACAUGACGCACUGGCUGUCGGCGCUGGCGAACGGCCGAGUGGUGCUGAGCCUCGAGGGCGGCUACAACGUCAACUCGAUCGCCAACGCGAUGAGCAUGUGCACCAAGGCGCUGCUGGGCGAUCCGCUGCCGGCGCUCGACCCGCCCAAGGAUCCGUGCUGCCCGAGCGCGGUCCAGAGUCUGCGCCUGGUCAUCGAGACGCAGCGCCAGUACUGGCCGAAUCUCGUCUUCUCGGAUCGCGCCCUGCCGCUCGAGUCGGCGGGCUUGCUGCCGAAGGCGCGAGUGCCGCGCGCCAAGCCCACUCAGCGCCUCCUCGACGGUCCACCCGCGGAGCUAACGACGAUCCAAAAGUCCGCCGAGCCACCUCGUCCGCCGUCUCCUUUUUUACCAGGCAGCACGACCAGUUUGGAGGAGGGUCUAAAGAAACUGAGCGUGCGAGAUUGUAUCAAUCCAGACCAGCAGCAGCGGCAGAACACCAGCAACGAAGGAGCACCCGGUCGGGAGGAGGAGCAGCAGAAUCAAUCCUCGGCCAGCUCGAGCAGCCAAGCUCCAGCAGGAGCAGCCGCCGCCACGACCCUCCAAGAUUACCUUCAGAGCAACCUUCGAGCUCUGGUGGAGGAGCAGAUGUUCGCGGUGGUGCCGCUGCGCGACUGUCCGCACCUGCGCGCCGCGGUCAGGCCCGUGCCGACGACUGGGAUCGAUUGCGCGACACCCUGCGCCGAGUGCGCCAGCACCGCCGAGAACUGGGUGUGCCUGACCUGCUAUUCCGUGCACUGCGCUCGAAGCGUAAAUCAACACGCCCUGGAUCAUGAGAGCGUCCAUCAGCACCCGCUGGCUCUGAGCUUCAGCGACCUGUCGGUCUGGUGUUACGCCUGCGAGGCGUACAUCGACAAUCCGGUCCUUUACGACGCUCGCAACGCGGUGCAUCUAAGUAAAUUCAAGUACGUGAUGCCCUGGACUUACGACACACCCAGAAAUCACAGUGACAGCGAUUGAAUCACAUCUUGGCAAAAUAUUAAUCGCAUAAUUUCUUUGCUAUAGUGUACAGAUUUCAAAAUCACCUCGUUAAAUCUACGCAUUUUUUAUAAAAAUAUAUAUUAUAUUAUGAUAGAAUCCGUUGUAUUUAAAUAAUAUGAAAAAUAGAAAUUGUAUAUUGUUAAGCCGUUAAAAGGAAAGAUUUGAUAUAAAGAAUAUAUUUUCAUAAAAUGAAAAUUUUUUAUGUGGACUUGUUAUAAUCAAUCGCUUAUUACUAAUACAUUUUAAAUAAAAAAAAAUCAUAUCUGUUCAAUUUUGUA